UGAAGUUAAACACAGGCGCGCACACAGUAACGCACUUUCAGAACCAGACCAGACCCAGUUCCAUGUUCUCCAUAAUUACCCUCUUCAUCAGCCCAGGUUUAAAGCAGGACACACUUUAUGUCAGUGUCUACCAGCCUUUUACAGCACGACUCUAUUCACAGCAGCUCCGGAUCUGUGGAUGAAAUGAAAUGAAAUGAAACGAAAUGCCGUCGGAUGCGCGCAGGGCGUUUGCGGAAAUGUGCGUUCAUGCGUCCCGACUUCAUGAGCCUGAGACUGCUGGAUAGGGAAGAACCAGAGCAAUGCCAGCUAAAGACCCGCUGAUUGAGACCCUCAAAGUGUGUAUUUUGGAGCUGCAGGCUGAAGACACUGUGACUGACUCGAGCCCUCACCUGGCUUCGUGCUGUGAGCUUCUGGAGCUCAUUCUGCGCAAAGGACUGCAGCAGCCUGUGCUGAGUUUGACACACAGAGACUACUGGUCUUGUUUUGAGCAGUUAGUUCAACUGGACACAUGUGGAAGGCUGAGCGCUGUCUCUUUAGCCGUACAGCAGACCAUAGCGUGUCCCAAACUCCUCAGCGCUCAGGGCCGGGGACGCUACGUCAUCCGCCUCAUGCUGAGCAGGAGAACUCUGAGAAAUGUAGUCAACCAUCUGCUACACACACCCAGCAUCAUGGAGUGGUACAGUCCAGACAUUUCUGUAUUAAGGAACGAGGAAUUUGUAGAGCCUUUUCUUUCUCUAUGUCUGGUUCUCUCUGAAAUGGAGUUCAAGCUCGACAUACAGAACUGCAGCUUUCUGGAUGAGACGUGGCUGCUCCCAGUGUGUGAAACGUACGAGGCCGUGCCAUGUCGUGAGCUGGGGAUGGUUCUCAGAUAUCUGGACAGGCGUGUGUUUGUGUUGGAGCUGCUCCGAGGUGGUGUGGCUCAGGCGGACAUGUUUGCAGAGCCCGGAGACAUCAUCGAUGAAAUCAACGGAAUAUCACUGAGAAAUUCCAGCAAUGGACAGGCAGGUGUGGUGCUGUCCAGAUUAAAAGGACAGCCUCUGUCCCUGCGUCUGUUACGCUGGAGAGGCGAGAACGGCGCUGUGUAUCGCCCCCUGGUGCCACUUUUACGCCAGCUGAAACAGGAGAAUCCCUUGCUGGAGUUCGGAUCGCCUCUUCCCAAACUCUCAGUGCAGCAGAACAGAGAGAGCCCGUGUGUCAAAGAGGGACGGAUCCUCUAUGCAGUGCAGCUGUUGGGAAAAACAAACAUCGGAAUGUAUGGAGGGAAGGAGGUUCUGCAAUACGCCAUACCCGCUGUGCUCCAAAAGAGGCAGUGCAGGAAGGAUGUGCUGUUGGACGUCAAGGAGACGCACCUGAGCUGCACUGACAAAUCCAACAAACAGCAGCUGUUUCAGCACCACUUUCCUGAGAUUUCGUGUGUGGGGAGAUUCGGCCAGCCGGAUUUCACCAUCUUCGCUUUCUGUGUGGGAGAUACUCCAGAUACGGGUUUCUGCUGUGUGGUUCUGCAGGCGGCAUCCAGCACUGAGUGUGAGGAGAUCGUCCACCGCAUCGCUGCAGGGUUUAAAAGCACUGAAUGGUUUGUGUGAGGAAACUGCAUAAGCACUGACAGCACUGGGAGCUUUACAUGUUUUCAUGAGGAACCGUAUGAACUGCUUUGCUGAAUCAUGUACAGCACACUGAUCUACAGGGCUUUUGGCCAUUUUAUAUUAAAGCUGGAACACUAAACGUAUUUCCUCAAUGUUAAAUUGUAUGUUCUUUGUCAGCUUCUUGGAUAAACCUGAUGAUUAUUCUCAAUAUACGGUACCAGUCAAAAGUUUGUACACCCCUACUCAUUCAUAGGUUAUUUUGUAUUUUCUACAUUGUAGAACAACACUGAAGACAUCAAAACUAUGAAAUAACGUCUGGAACAUAAAUGGAAUUAUGAUGUAAACAAAAAAGUGUUUAAAAAAGCUAAAUGUUUGAUAUUUUAGAUUCUUCAGCGUAUCCAGCGUUUCCCUUGAUGACGCUUUGCACACUACUGUCAUUAUCUUAACCAGCUUCAUGAGGGAGUCACCUGGAACGCUUUUCAAUUAACAGCUGUGUCUCGUCAAAAGUUAAUUAGUGAACGAGAUUCUUGCCUUCUUAAUGCGUUUGAUCUCAAACAGUAAAUAAUAAAAAUACAAUAAAUAGCCCUAUUCAACACCACAACUGUAGUAAUUCAUACAGUAUUAUGUCAUGAACCGCUCGACUAAGUAAAGAGAAACGACAUCCAUCAUUACUUUAAGACAUGAAAUGUCUUUUAAUUAAAAAAUAAAGAAUAAACAUGGGGCGGCACGGUGGUGUAGUGGUUAGCGCUGUCGCCUCACAGCAAGAAGGUCCGGGUUCGAGCCCCGUGGUCGGCGAGGGCCUUUCUGUGCGGAGUUUGCAUGUUCUCCCCGUGUCCGCGUGGGUUUCCUCCGGGUGCU